GGUAAUUUUAACACGUACGUCUCUACAUUUGUACGUAGGUCGGUAUAUGACUUAUCGACUAUUACACUAUGCACCAAAUAAAUUUACAUUGACUCAAAUCUAUUCUAAUACUUUAAAGGCUUUUAAGGGUACGAUAGCUCAAUUUUUAUAAUAUCCCUCACCUUGAGCAUAAUUAAAUGUUGUGUAUGGUGUGUUGGUUAUCUUUUUCUUUAUAUAAAUUAAUCCAAAUUGUGAAAGAAUCUUAUAUUUGCCCAAACUCCCCUACUUUAUGUAGCAACAUUACACAUUCUCUCACUCAGCUAGCUACUAGCCCACAAGGCAUGGAACACAAAAUCAUCUUUGAGAAUAUAGUUGAAGACCAACUUUUCUCCACCUCCACCUCCACCUCCUCCUCCACCUCAACCACCACCGCCGCCGCCGCCACAUCCACGUCCUCGUCCAGCUCCAACGAGACGCAGAGCGCCGCCACCACGUGCGACAAGAGUAACAUCGAAGCCAAGUCUCAAGGCGAGAAGAGCGGCAACGAAGUGAGCAAGCGGCGGAAGGCCGCCGCCUCCGGCGGCGGCGGCGGCGGGUGCGGCGACAGGCACCCGACAUACCGCGGCGUGCGGAAGCGGAAUUGGGGGAAAUGGGUGUGCGAAAUCCGGGAGCCGAGGAAGAAAUCGAGAAUAUGGCUGGGGACUUACCCGACGGCGGAGAUGGCGGCGCGAGCCCACGACGUGGCGGCGCUGGCCAUCAAGGGGCAGUCGGCUUACCUCAAUUUCCCUCACCUGGCUCAGGUGCUCCCCCGCCCGGCCUCCACCGCGCCCAAGGACAUCCAGGCCGCCGCCGCGAAGGCCGCGGCGGCCACAUUCCCCGGCGAAGCCGAGCCGAGCCGGAGCCAGCUGGUCAGCUCCCACUCGUCGACGGACUUGGCGGCGGACAGCAUGCAAGAAUCGGCUGACGACACGUUUUUCGACUUGCCGGAUCUCUCCCUCAGCACCACCACCGAUCACGGCAGCGGCUAUUGCUACUACGUCUCGUCGUGGCCGAUGGCCGGAGCCGACGCCGGAUUCCGCCUUGAAGAUCCGAUCUUGUGGGAGCUCUAGCUCUACGACUAGCUAUUAUUUUUUAUUUUUAUAUAUUUUUUUAAUUUUUUUUUCUUUUUUUUUUUUUUGGAGAAGAUGAAGUUUGUGGAAUGAGAUAGGUAACAAACAUUUUGAUCUUGUUAAUGAAAGUGAAAUUAAUGUGUAUUUAGUUAUGGUUUGGAAGAACCGAAUAAUACUUUGAGGGACAUAUCUUAUAGUAUUAUCAGCCAAUUACAUAUACAUGUCGUGGAA